AUGGCUAUCGAGGCUCUCAAAAACCUGAUAAAUAACAUACCCGACUGGCAGACCAGGCUCGAUGAGCUGAGUAGCCAGGUCGACAAGCGCCAGCUGGAGCUAGCGGCUCUGGCCGAGGCAAACCCUAACAAGGAACCUGAGACCAGAUCAUUGAGGAAUAAGGGCUCACAAGAGUCUCUUAAGCCCAAGGAUGAUGGCGCCAUGCACAUCUCUUUCCCCGAAGAUGUACCCGCCCAGCAGCCAGAGAUUGCCGCAACACCCUUCCACAGCAACAGACAGCGCCGGUCAUCACCGCCGAGCCCGGCUGCCGAGAAGCGCCCGGCAUUUCCCAAGUCUGCAACAGACACCAACGGGAUCCCCAGCAACCGAGUAGUCAAGAAGAACAGGAUGACAUCCAUCUGCUCUGCGGAUGGGCCUCGCCAGACGUACCGCACGAGGAAUAUGAUCAUCGUCUACUACGACAGUUACGUGCAGGGUUUCUUUGAUGACCUCGUCAGGUUCAUCUCGUCAAGUAGGAAUCUGAUGCGGAAAGCCAAGAUGGCAGCCAAGGUGGCUCAGAUCAAGAAGCUGGCUGAGAUGGAAGUACCAGAUGAUGACAGCGCUGAUGACAAGGCCGCUGAGGCUCUUCCUUCACUACGAUACAUCAGCAGUCGGCGGUACGGACCUGCUGCCAUGCGCCUGGGUCACCCUGGCCUGGCCAACCAGACUCCUGAUGUAUAUGAUGAGCUGGAUAAGGCGCUCGAGUUCGUGCAGAGCACCUGCGAGCAUGGUGCCCACCAGUUUCUGAGGGAUGCCAAGUGCAGCGAAGAGGUCCAGAAGAUUCAGAAGCGCAUAGGCGAGGUUCUCGUGAUGGCCAAGGAGGAAAUGGAGCGUGUCGAACGUGAAGAGCCCGAGAUGCUCAAGGAAGCCGCCGAUGCCAAGCCACGUACGAUGAAGUCAAUCACCGUCAGCCGGACAUUGGUACCACACCACAAGGAGGUCGACGAUGUCCACUCACGGAAGCUCGAGGUGGCAGAUUCUGCCGCACCGAGAGUCCCUGUCAUGCACGUGGCCGAUCGAAUCGAAGCGGAUCCCAAUGCCGGCCAAGACGAUUUCGAUGCUGAAGCCAUGCUGGCAAGGAUACGCUACAACUCUUCAAGGCAGAUGCGCAUGCGUGCUGUGGUGAACUAA